AUGACUAAGAUUACUGAAAUUUUCUUCGAUUGCGACAACACUCUGGUCCUCUCAGAGGAGUUGGCCUUUGAGGCUUGCGCCGACCUGGCCAACGAGAUUCUGGAGGCGAACAACCUCCCCGAUCGUUACACAGGCGACCAGCUCAUCAAAGACUUUGUCGGCCAGAACUUUCGCGGCAUGAUGGUCUCCCUGCAGAAGAAGUACGACUUCGAGAUCGAUGCGGAGAAGCUGGAAGCAUACGUCACGAAAGAAGAGGACAAAGUCAUUGCCAAGCUGAACGCCAAGGCUAGGCCUUGUAUCGGUGCCACCGAAGAGCUGGAGAAGAUUUACGCGUCGAAGAAGUACGGUCUUGCAGUAGUCUCCUCCUCCGCUUUGCGCCGCGUGCUCGCUUCUAUCAGGAAGGUCGGUCAGGACAAGUACUUUGACGAGGACAAGGUCUUCAGCGCUGCCAAUUCUCUACCAAAGCCUACCUCCAAGCCCGACCCCGCUAUCUAUCUGUAUGCUCUCGAGCAGGUCGGCAAGACUGCUUCCGAAACUGUUGCCAUCGAGGACAGCAAGUCUGGCGCUCUUUCGGCGGUUCGUGCUGGUAUCCCUGUCAUUGCUUAUGUUGGCAGCUACAAUGGCGAAGAGACGCAGAAGGCAAUGGCCAAGGCCCUGACUGACCUUGGCGCAAAGACUGUCAUGUACCAUUGGUCUGAGUUUGAGGAUCGCCUGAAAGAUAUUGAGAAUGAUGUAUCCGUCGAUGUUCAGUCAACCCUUUAA